AUGGCUGACGAUCUUCUGGAAUGGUCAAACAUCGCAGUCGAUUCCGACGCUGAUGCGCUCUUGGAUCUUGCCGAGUCCCUGGUUCCUAUCCGAGAGAGAAAACAUGCCGGCACAACGAUAGUCACCCUUGACGGACUUUUGGAGCAGCCACUGCAACUAGAAGAAGACCUGAAAAAAGGAUGCGGUGGACAACUGUGGCCAGCAGGCAUACUGCUGUCACGAUACAUGCUGCAAAAGCACCACUCGGAUCUCCUCGGCAAGACCAUUGUAGAAAUUGGAGCUGGAGGAGGUCUUGUUGGACUGGCCGUCGCACAAGGAUGCAAAACUGACAAGCCCGUUUAUAUCACCGACCAGGAACCGAUGCUAUCCCUGAUGCAGGCCAAUAUUUCUCGCAAUAACCUGACGAGCAAGGUGAGAGCAACAGUCCUGGACUGGGCUGUACCGCCCUCAGCAGAUCUACCACAGUUUCCUGCCGUCGUCCUGGCUGCCGACUGCGUUUAUUUCGAGCCGGCGUUUCCCUUGCUCAUCUCUACGCUGGAGAGGCUUCUAGGUCCAGAAACGGUGUGCUAUUUCUGCUACAAACGCCGUCGCCGGGCCGACCUACGUUGCAUCAAGAAGAUUAAAAAGAUAUUCAAUGUGGUGGAAUUGCAGGAUUUCCCGGGCUACCAGGACUACUCCCGAGACAACAUUUUUCUAUACAAGAUUCAAGCUAGGAAGAGUAUAUCUAAUUGA